AUGGUUUAUGCACCAUUUGCUCCGAGCAACCAUACUCAAAUUGAUCAACUACCUUCUAUAUUUGAGUAUAGGUAUAAUAAGACACCUAAACGACAAAGGUUUAGUGAUAAAACUCUGACAAGUCAUCAAGAUGGUAGAAGUGGAGCAGGCCUAAAACAAAUUGAAGCUCAGGUGCGAGAUCAUAAAGUAGGUGUCAGAUACCCGCCGCCACUUGACGUAAAUGUCCAGGUCCCAGAGCCUUUGAUUAUUCAAAAAAAACGAUCAAUAAUAGUUGACUCGACUGAAAAGGGCAUUAGAGGUAAAAUAUUGCCCAAAAUUAAUGACGGAUGUCUUAAACCAGGUUUUGCAAGCCCUGAUUUGUCUAAUUUAUUUUUUCAUGAAAACCUCGAUAGGACUAUUAAUAAUAGUGACCUCUUUUCUAAAAAUACAGGUAGAGAAGUUACGAAAAGGUUUGAAUGGUGGAGGAGGAAUGAUGAAGGGAGAAUUCGUGCAGUCAUGCCUGGUGGAGAACCUUUAAAAUUGAGAGCACUCUCACCAACACAACUAGAAGUAGAAAGUAGGAAAAUAAUUGGCUUAAAUCUAGCAAAACUCUUCAAAAAUCACAGUGAGAAGUUGAACAUAAAUUUAGAAUUACCACAUGAAAAUUUUAAAAAUGAGUUAAAACUUCGAGAUUCUAUAGUCAGCUCAAGUGAAGACUUCUGUGAUUAUACAAUAAUAGAUCACAGUAAAGCAGACGACACACGUGAGAUCGCACCGCAGCGAAACUGGCUGGCGAAGCUUUUCCGAAUCAAGCCUCGUGCCAAGUUCAUAUGCUUCUGUGUCAGUAAAAAACGGGCUUGGCAAGAGACUGCGGAAAUUUUGCUAGGAUGGAAGCGUUUCGGUAUGCAAGAUGUUGAAAUUGACAGAAAGCGAAGCAUUAUUUUUGGUAGGGUUGGCGCCAUUAAUUUUCUUAAUAUGAAAGAAGUUCAGUUUGCUGUAGAGUUUAUGACAGUGAUUGAGCAUGGUAAAAGACACCCUCUAAGUAUUGCUCGAUGGACCCAGGAACAAGGAGCUGGGAGUAGCUUUCGGAAGGUAAUUGGAACUCUAGAAAUGGUUCUGAAGAUGCGGCGCCUCCUCGUCUUGGAUGAGAGCAAAAGAAGGAUGAUGGUUAAGAUGGGUAAGUCUUUUGUCGCUACGCGGCGGUGA